ACCAUUUGCAGACGACGCCGGCAAAUCUAGAUUACACCUCUCGCGGCGAGAGCUCACGUCGCGCACAGGCGACGACAGUGUUCGUCUCCAUUAUCUCACCUCGUUUUCUUUUUCUUUUUUAAAAAUCUUGUUUCCUCUCGCCAUCGCAAGGAAGAAUCUCCCAUUAUUUUGUUCGCACUCGAAGGAGCAAGUGCGGGGACUGCUACUUCGGGCGCCGCUACGCGGACUUGGAAGAAGAAGAUAUCUCCGUUACAGCCAGACGGGUGCUCGACGUAUAGACGGACUUGUUUGCUUGGCCAUUAUUAUUGUUAUUAUUAAUUUGCUGACCUGCUGACGUUUCUGCGAGUCGCCUGCAUUGUGAAGUGCGCGUCGACAUUUGCGAGUCGUACCCACGAUGUUGGACAGCGUAAAGAUCAAGAACGCCGUAGUGCGUGAAGUCCUCGCUGAACUGCUGGGAACGUUCGUUCUUGUGUUGUUCGGCAACACGGUGCUGGCUGUGGUGACCUUCGACCGGGCGCCAAACUUGGGUUACGCCGCCGCUUUCUGGGGAUGGGCGCUGGCGCUUAUGCUGGGCGUGCUGGUCGCCGGCGGUGUUUCCGGAGCCCACCUGAACCCGGCCAUCACGGUCGCCGUGACGACGGUAGGCAAGUUCCCGUGGCGCAAGAUCGUUCCUUACAUGGUAGCACAGUACCUGGGUGCAUUCCUCGCCUCCGUUAUACUGUUCCUCACGUAUCGCGGCGCACUGGACCACUACGACGGCGGAGUGCGGGCGGUGACGGGUGAAAACGCCACGGCGGGAAUCUUCGCCUCCUAUCCUCAGGAAUUCGUCAGCACUGGUAACGGCCUGGUCGACCAGAUCGUGGGUACCGCGCUGCUGGUACUCGCCAUCCUGGCCAUCACGGAUUCGCGCAACAUGUCCGUGCCGCAGGGCAUCCAGCCGCUCUUCAUCGGCCUCGCCCUGGGCGCGCUCAUCCUCUGCUUUGGCUACAACUGUGGAGCGCCCCUGAACCCGGCGCGGGACCUGGCACCCAGGGUGUUCACUGCCAUGGCCGGAUGGGGCGUUGAGGUCUUCAGCUACCGGGACUACAACUGGUUCUGGGUGCCCAUCGUGGGCCCGCAUAUCGGCGCCAUCGUGGGCGCCUGGUUGUACUUGCUGACUGUGGAGCUUCACUGGCCCGGAUCGAGCUACGACAUGGACAGCGGUAACGCGGUAUCUGCCAAGGACGUUGAAAACGUCAUCCAAAUGAGGGGCAUCAAGCAGUGCGAAAUGAAGAACUGAACGCGGAGCAAGAAAGACGGAACAGGAAAAUUAAAAAAGAAAAUUACAUAUACGGUUACCGGGACAAUCAUCGCCACACAUACACACACACACACAAAACUUGCACACAACUACAGUGCCCCAUCUUGGCCGCCAUGCAUUCGAUGCUGCAAGGCAAGGCGGUCUCCCCAAGAAGCCGUGUACAUCUCAUCACAAAGGUACGGUUCAAGCCUGGAACGCUGCUGCCCGGCAACGAAACAACGAAUCGCGGAAUCACUGCUGGACAUCUGGACUCAUCUUGCGACCACUGUAUUUUGGAGUUCCCGUGUCGCUUGUGUGCUUCGAAAACGCGAGUUCACGCCGAUCUAUGUGUGGUUUGUUGCACCCAAAUGUGCUGCACGCAACUUUCAUCGCCCAUUUUGUAACCCCGCGAUCCCGAAGUCAUAUCAAUUGAGAUAGAGCCAGAUUGUGUGGAGAUUUUAGUCACUAGUGACAGACAUCCACAUUCUGGACCUCUUGCCUUCAUAUUUGAUCGUGAAGUGGCUUUUGUAUUCGUUCGUUACCUUUGUUUCAUUUUUUUCUGCGAAGAAACAGAAAUGUUGCGUUAACGAGCGCUUUUACACGGUUGUGUCUUAACACCUAAUUAAGUAAACUUGAUGUAAUAAUCCAGGGGCUAAGUGUUUCACCCAUAUGUUCGAGGUGAUGGAAGAGCUUUAAAAAUCUGAUCAUAUCUGAGUGUGAGCACGCGAAGGGUAACAUAAGCGCAUAUUUUGCCUACGAAUAAUAAGUUUUGCAGUACAUAUGCGUUUCCCAACACUCAGCUUGCCAAAGAUUCCUGUUUUGUUUUUUGUUUUCUCACUUUGUGGUUUGUCUCGCUACUGCUAUCUUUGGUAGCUUUGUUGCAUCUUACAUAAUGAAGAUCGAAAAAAAAUCGGGAAGAAUAAAACGUGUGUGUUGCUCGCAUUUUCAUACACAUAUCAUCCCUCAUGUUGUUCAUUUUACCAAUGAGUAUUUUCCUCCACUUGUUCACUGAAUUGUUUGUGUAGAUAUUGUUUCUCCUGCUUCAAGAUGACUGUAUUUCUUUUUCCUUUUCUGUAAUUGAGAAAGCUACAGCUGCAUCUCUUUUUACAUAUUACAUGCAAAGUUUAUCAAGUGCUAUCAGUGAGUUGCUGAGUUGCUGUUCUUUCAAGAAAAUCAUUCUUCCCAACGAAUGCACUCACACUCUUCUUUUCUUCUUUGCUGCAGUUUACGGAAUAAGUAUGCAGAAUGCUUGGGAUAGAAAAGAAAUGAAAUAAAGAAGGAAUGUGAAAGGAUUUUUUUUAUUGUUUACUAUUACUUGUUUAUUUUUUUGCAGCUGCCCAUGUUUGCCCAUGUUUGCAGCUGCAGCUGCCCAUGCGACUACGUGCACGUGUGUGUUCUUUGUUUAUUUCCCAUGGUGCUAUUUUGUUAUUUAAUAAUUUACUCGCAUGGGACAAAUUUGUAUCUCACGUGUUUUGUGCACACAUCCGCAAGAGUUAUAUCCAUUUAAACGCAGGGCUGCGGUUAUGAAAGUGUAGAGAAAGAGCUAUGUUCUAAGAAUAGACAUGUCCUACACGACUGCACUGCUUUGCUUUUGUUGUCAAUUUGCACGUCUGUAAUCUGCAUAAAUACCAAAAUAUAAUCCGCACAGCAGCUUACCUUUAUCGAACACUGCGUCUACAAAAAAAAAAGAAGAAGAAAAGAAACAUGACGAAGCGCGCGCUUAUUUUUACCUGUCUACGCGCGCUCUGUAUUAUAGUGGCUUUUCUCGUUACGUGCCUUUCGUCCACAUCACCUGAGCCUCUUCAUCGUGAAUUCCUACGAGAACCACUUCCCAUCGUGAAUUCCGGCAAGUGGCUAUUGUUAUUGCAUUGUUGUCAUGGCGUCCUGAAAUAAACAUCGUUGCAGUCUGUUA